AUGGCUGGAGACGACCCAAUUAAGAUUGUGAAUUAUACCUUUGCUGGUCUUGCUAUGAUGCUCAACAUUAGGCUUGUUUACAGUGCUUCUCCAUAUGCACUAAUGAGAUUCAAACUUCCAGAGAAUCUCUUCAGUGUGUUCGUUAGGGUUAUGGCAAGUGCUCUCGAACUUUGGUGUCUCCCCAGUAUGGUCAUUGGUAAUAUUAUUGACAUUUUCGAUAAAUACAUUAGUGAUCCUCAUGAACGAAGAAGAUUUAGUGAUGCUCAUAAGUAUGAUGUCAAAGACAGUUCUCUAGGUGAUGGACUUAAAGAUAAAGCAGAAGAAUUGCAGGCUGCGGCCAAAGUACUCCAAACCAAGGCUGAGAGUGUUGGUGGACUUAGUGGACUUACUACUCCAGCCGGACAACUAUCCAAUGGAGCUGGACUGCUAGCCACUAAUCCUGGUCAGGCUUCUGAAAUAAUAAACAACUUCAACCAAUUGGAAACUCAAUACAACGGACUAGUUGGUGAGAAGGCUAAGGUCAAAUCUGAAUUUGAAGCUGUCGAACAUAUAUACAACCGAAUGCUCAAUGUCACUAAGGCCGGUAAACUUCAAAAUCAAGUUGGUGAUCAAGUUGGUAGUAGUCCUGGUGAACAAAAGAUUUGGCAUCACGCCAAUCUAUUAUAUGCUAAAGCAAACGCACUAGCCAAUGCCAGUGGACUUAACCCAGCUCAAGGUGAUGAUGCUCAAAAACAAAAACUUAAAGCCGAACUAAGGGAACUUGCCACCGCACUUGCUAAUGCCGUAGGAGCCGAUCACCAAGCUCAAGGUUCUCUCCAAAAGGCCCUAUCUGAUCUCUCUAGUGCUAAUGAUUCCAAUAUUGUUGAAAAGGCCAUUACUGUAAUCAAUAAGUACAAAGAUGUUACUGAAAAAUACAAUGCUGUUACCGAUAAAGAAGGUAAAUAUCGAAGUGUUCUUGUUAGUAGUGCUGAUGAAUUUACAACCAAAUACACCCCAGUUAAAUCUCAAUUCGGCCAACUCAAAGAAAAGUUCGACGCCGCUAAGUGUAGGGCUAUUACUCCUAUUUUUGACAAAGAGUGGAUUAGAUAUAUAUCCAUAUUUUGGUCUUGGUCCAAUUUUGUCACAUUCGUCAUUUUGUUUUUCGUGUUUAUUCCUGGUGACGAGGGUCACGUCACUGUUUUUUACUGGGUUAUUGCAGCAUCUGGAUUUGUGUUUGGAAUUAACAUGGUUAUGGUUUAUGCUAUGGAAUAUGAGUAUUUCCCAUGGUAUAUUGCUGGCGAAAACUCCUUUCCAAUUAUUACUUCAUUCAUGCAUUAUGUAAGUACUUUGAUGUUUGGUAAUAGGAGGAAAUGGAAUUCUGACUAUAUUGUAGUACUUGUUGAUAUGGUGAUAUCACUAGCAAUAUCGUUGAUAGCCGCCUCUCUAUGGACAUAUUGCUAUGUUAAGCCAUCAACACAUGAAUACUUUGGACCAAGUGAUAUUAAUCCUGCAAUAGUUUCACCAGUUUUAAUGGUUCUUGUCGGUAUGGGUCUAGUCUACACAAUAUAUCCUGCUAUAGCUCCUGGUAUGAUCGUGCCAUUCUAUCUCAUUGAUAAGAUUGAGAUGGUACUCCUUAUUCUGACCACAUUUCCACCUCUCAUAUUUGCAACCCUUAGAAAGUUGUAUGGGUUUCAGGAUCCUGCUCAACCAAUGUGUGGAUGGUCUAAUCCUACAGUAUUUUGGAAAACAGAUGCAGAUGGUCGAUUUUGGCAUGCUUUUGACAUAUUAAUGCCACUUCAAAUAUCUCUAGCAUUUAUAUUUAUAUACUCACUUCACUACAGAGAUUCUCAUAUAUCAAGAUCCAUCAUUAAUCAACCCAAAAUGUCUACUGCACUCUCUAUUAUAUUUUAUAUGUGCCAUGAGAUUAUGUUGGCGUUAGGGUUCCCAGGUAUGAUAGGUAACAACGGGGGUGACCAAAUUAUGCUUCCAAUUCAAUUGAUUGGUGCAUUCCUUAUGGUACUUCUGGCAUUCUAUAGCAUAGGUUAUAUAACAGAAUACAAGCGGCAUGAUCCCAGUCAGUGGCCGACCGAGGGCAUGACCAAGUGGAAUGCCAUGUGUUACUGGUUAAAGAUGGCGAGCAAAAUUACAAAUAAAAAUUUCAAACAAUUGUUUACAAAUGAUUUAUGGAAAUAUUUAGAUAUAUUUUACUUCAAUUAG